CUUUCUUUUUUUUUUUUGGUUUGUGUGUAUGUGUGUGUGUUUUUUGACCAGCUGAAAAUGGCGGCUCGAAGCGUCGAAUCGUUCUAACUUUAUCGCACAAUAAUAAACAUAACAAUAUACACAGCUUUUAUCACAUAACAUGGGGAGAAACUUUACUGAGAGGCCUCAGACGCUCUAGUUGGGAAACAUUACUUUGACCACUACGGCUAAAAGGAAUUAAAACGCAGAGAGAUUAUGGAGGAUCCUCAUACACGGUACAGCAAACGCCUGCGUACAGGUACGCGGCGUCGCUACCAGGACGAUGGAAUCUCAGAUGACGAAAUUGAAGGGAAACGAAUGUUCGACCUGGACGAAAAGCUGCAGUGUGUCAGGUUUAGCUCUGAGUUGAUCAAACACAUGGAGGGUAAAGAUUUCACAUUCGAAUACAUUCAGAGAGAAGGGCUCAGGGACCCCAUUGUCUUUGAGACAGCUGAUGGCCUUGGCAUACAAAUGCCAGACUCUGAUUUCAGUGUGAGUGAUGUGAAGUUGUUUGUUGGUAGUCGACGCAUUGUAGACGUGAUGGACGUGAAUACCCAGAAGGGAAUCGAGAUGUCAAUGGCUCAGUGGCGGCGCUACUAUGAGACGCCACCGUCAGAAAGAGAAAAACUCUACAAUGUCAUCAGCCUGGAGUUCAGCCACACCAGGCUGGAGAAUCUGGUCAAACGACCGGCUUCGGUGGACCUUAUUGACUGGGUGGACAACAUGUGGCCCCGCCACCUCAAGGAGAGACAGAGAGACUCCACUAAUGCCAUCAUAGACAUGCAUUAUCCCAAAGUACAGAAGUACUGUCUCAUGAGUGUGCAGGGCUGCUUCACAGAUUUCCAUAUUGACUUUGGAGGCACUUCAGUCUGGUACCACAUCCUGCGAGGAGGAAAGGUGUUCUGGCUGAUUCCACCCACACCACAGAACCUGGAGAUGUAUGAGAACUGGGUUUUAUCAGGAAAACAGGGAGAUAUCUUCUUGGGGGACAAGUGUCAUGACUGUCAGAGGAUAGAGCUCAAGCAGGGCAACACCUUCAUAAUCCCAUCAGGGUGGAUCCAUGCCGUGUACACUCCAGAGGACACGUUGGUGUUUGGGGGGAAUUUCCUCCACAGCUUUAACAUCCCCAUGCAGCUCAACAUCUACAGCAUUGAGGAUCGCACACGGGUGCCAUCAAAGUUCCGCUACCCGUUCUACUAUGAGAUGUGCUGGUAUGUCCUGGAGAGAUACCUCUACUGUCUGACCAACGUCUCCAACCUCUCUCCUGAGUUCCAAAAAUAUUCCCUAGGCAUAGGACUGACCCAGGCUGACCUUGAAACCAAUGAUCACACUGGGAAUGGCACCUCCAAUGGAGUUCACAGUAGUGCUGAAAACGAGGAGAUAAAGUUCAAGGAAGAAGUCAAAGAAGAAGAAGAGGUAGCUCAAGUUACCACACCUCAGCAGGUGCUGACUCCCUUUGAGCUGGAGGGACUGUGGAACCUCUUAGGGAAGCUGGAGGAGCUGCCAGCUCACAAAAAGUGUGUCCCCGCAGGCAUCAGGAACGCUGCAGCCCUGCUCGAAGACAUGAGGGCUCUUCUGAAGGAGCAUGCCAAUGAUAACCCCAAACUGUCCUACACUGGAGAGCCCAUAGUCAAGUGGCCCGAAAGGCCAGCAUGGUACCAGCCCCCAACUCCCCCUCCCCCUGUCCUUUACCGUCCUCGCCUGGGCCCCACUCUUCACAAGCCUUUCGGUCAGAGGUCCACCAAACGCUCCUCCAUCUCUGCCCUUAGGCGCAGACGGGUGAGGUGCAAGCGCUGUGCUGCCUGCUGCAGGAAAGAAUGUGGCACCUGCCAAUACUGCCACGACAUGAGGAAGUUUGGUGGGCCUGGACGCAUGAAGAAGAGCUGUAUCAUGAGACAGUGUCUAGCGCCUGCCUUGCCGAACACAGCGCGAUGUGCCAUAUGUGGAGAAGGGGAAUCCGAUGAAUCAAAUCCGAGCACUCACUCGCUCAUGGAGUGCUCAGUCUGCUCGCAGAUUGCCCAUCGUCAAUGCAUUAAUGAACCUGGUGAGGGGAAGAUCAAUAAGGAUUUGCCCAGCUGCUGGGAAUGUCCCAAAUGUUACCAAGGCAAAGACUCAGCAUCAGAGUCUUGCAGCGAUGAGGAAAGUGGAGAGUCAGAGGGCUCAACCUCCUUGCCAUCGUCCAAACUUGCUUACCGGGAAGGCAUCGGUGUAGGUGAAGGGGUGAGACGAGGGAGACGUAGCAGACCCCCAUCCAGACCCACAGCGCCACCACCUUCCCAGAAACUGCUACUGCAGCAUCAACAGAACCGCAAAAGAGCAAGUGCACUGGAGCUCAGACUUAAGAAGAGGAUAAAACUGGAGCGCAGCAAAAUCUUAACGAAACCGUCGUCUCUAGAUCGUUCUCCCAGGCUGCUGGGCUCCAGGGUGCUGUCCCGGCUACGCUCUCCAACCAGCAGACUAUCUCAGGGCAGAGGCCGGGGCUCCACCUGGACGAGUGGCUCCCCUUACCACAGCUCUCCAGGAGGGACCGGGUCCUUUCAGCAGCAGCAGCAGCAGCAGCAGCAGCAGUCUUCCCUCAGUCUGGUACUUGAGCCCAAGGGAGAGCCCCGCAGAGGGAGGGGCAGAGGGGUGAGGCUGCGGGGAGGAGGAGCAGGAAGAGGAAUCAGAAGUGGUAGAAGCCAUGGAGAGCUGGAGGAGGAGGAGGGGAGUGAGGACAGCAGCAGCAGCAGCACCAACAGCAGCAGCAGCGACGACGACGAGGAAGAGGAUACGGGGCAGAACAGUGGCAGGGGGUUGGAUAAAGAGAACCAGCCACAGUCGAGGCGAGGAGGACGAGCAGCCAAAGACAGAGAGGAGGAAGGGAGUGAGGUGGCCAACCAAAACGGUGUGGUAUUGGAUGAGGAGGAGGAGGAGGUGGAGGAGCAGGACAGUCAAACGGGGAGCAAAGAUGGCUCAUAUCUUAAAGUGACACUCCAAAAGCCAACCAGGGCCAAGCGGGACCCAUCAGCCAUUGUCCCCAAAUUAGAGGCUGUUGCCCCUCAAACUGCCACUUCCACAUUACACAACCAGACCAGAGCCCUUGUCAGACCCCCCAUUAGAAAUUGCGGCCCCUGUCCUGAUCAACACUCCAAUAAGCACACACCACCACAAACUCGCAGUGGACACGCAUACACUCGUACCUCCCACCCAGAGAGGCCGGAGGCCUCUAAAAGAACAAAGCCGAGCAGGCCGGCUAAACUGAGCAAUGGCGCCUCCUGUUCUUCAUCCUCUGAGCUUCCCCAUCUCCGUAUCCCUCUGUCCGCCCUGCAGGAAGGAGGGAGCGAGGCAGACCGGGAGAGCAGUGGGAGCGGGCCGGGCUGUGAGAGGGAGGUGUGGGUGUCUGUCUUCCGCUACUUAAGUCGAGCAGAUCUCUGCGUCUGCAUGGCUGUCUGCAAGAACUGGUACAAAUGGUGUUUAGACAAGCGGCUCUGGGCACGGAUUGACCUGAGCAUCAAACGCACCAUUACUCCUCAGGCCCUAACAGGCAUCAUAAAGAGACAGCCGGUCACGCUCGAUCUCUCUUGGACCAACAUUUCUAAAAAGCAGCUGAACUGGCUUGUUGGCCGCCUGCCUGGGCUGAAGGAUCUGAUGCUGGCGGGUUGUUCCUGGUCAUCUAUUUCAGCUCUCUGCUCCUCUGGUUGCCCUCUCCUCCGUUCUCUGGACCUGCGGUAUGCAGACGGGGUCAAAGACUCCCAGAUCAGGGAUCUAGUCACCCCUCCAGGCUGUGACAAUCGCAGUCAGUUGCGGACCAUGCAGUGUUUGCGACUGGCAGGUCUGGACAUCAGCGACUCCACUCUGCGCCUGGUAAUCCGCCACAUGCCCCAUUUAACAAAACUGGACCUUUCCCACUGCAACAGCCUCACCGACCACUCCAUCAACCUGCUGACUGCAGUGGGCUCGUCCACCCGAAACACGCUCACAGAACUCAACCUGGGAGGCUGCAGUAAACUGACAGACACGUGUCUGAAGUAUCUCCGCCGCCUCUCUUGCAUCUCACUGCUCGACCUGCGAGGCUGCAAAGGUGUCUCCCGCAUGGCCUGUGAGGCCUUCAUCUCCGAGCUGUCAGUCAACACGCUCUACUGCCUAUCAGAUGAAAAACUGAUCCAGAGGAUAUCCUAAGACCCUGCCUCCUCUGACUGCAGAGGUGAUUUGUGGUGCAAAGACAAGAGUGGAUCCUGAUGUGAAUCUAUGUGACACAAAGGACACGGACAGGCAGGGACGUUCACGUGCACCUGUUUCACGUAAAAGGAGGGGUGGGGUCUGAACUGGGAGUGCUUACUCACUUAACUUGUGUUGGUGAAAGGGGUUGUCCCAGUUGGAACAAUGUUUCUUUUCAACGUUAUAUACAUUUUUUUCCCCCGUGUACCUAAAAAGAGACUCAGGAGCUUUUUUUGUUUUUCUUUUGGGAAUUAAUAAAGCAAAACAUUUUUUUAUUAUUUUUUUUAAUUGCCAGGAGUGGGAGAUUAAUUAUCUGUAUUAAACUACACAUCCUUUUGAAGUGCUCAAUUCUUCUUUGGACAGAUGCCGACUCCCAUCACAAACUUCUGCCUUGACAAAGAGAUAAGCCAAGACUUUCAGUUUCAUCCUUGGGGUAUAACUGCAUUGCUCUGUUUGGCUUAAAGUCUCAUUUAUCAUCUGAUUUGCUUUCAGCUACAUUUGGGUGCUCCAUAUAGAUGGUUAUUUUUUUGUCAUAUUCAAGACAGCAAACUUUGAGUUGUUUGACGACUUAUGCUUUAUGCACAACAACUAUGCGUUGAGAAUUUUUUAUUUUUUAAGAUGACUAAAGGUGACAGGUCUUUCACAUCAUUGCUUAUGAAGUGAGUGACUGGAAUGGCUUGUAUUUACCAGUUGUAUGCUCAGCUUAAUAAGGCAUUUGAGUGCAUAUGGUAUACUUGAUAAGUAUACAUGGACAUUGAGUGGGUGUGGUUGUGUAAAAGGGUAAAAAGACAAUGUGAGAAGGCAAUCGACAUGGCAACGAGACCUCACCCCAACAAAGGGCAGGUUGCAUUAAGUGUCAGAUAAAUGGUGCAUCUUCAAACAACCGUUAGACUUCAGGUGCUAUUGUUUCCAAACUCCUCUUGCUUUGUUUUUGUACAGAGACAACAUUUAGAGCAAAAGUGUUAAUAUUCUAGAUGAAACUGCUCCCAACACCUCUUUGAUACACGUUUUUUUCUUUUCAUGGAUGAAAAAAUGUGAGUAUGUACUUUCACUGAAUUUCAUGACCUUGUCAGUUUCAAUGUAGAGAUGUAUGAUUUUGUUGCGGGGGUUGCUCAUUUCUUUGUUCCCUUAAAAGUGUAGUGGUUCUGUAUCAAAGGUCUGCUCCCAGACGGAUCUCCUGGCCAUAUCCCUUCAAAUGAAUAUAAGUAUAUAAAAUAUAUACUUUUGUGUAAAUGUUUUCCUCUUUUCGAUUAUCAAAACGGGAAUCCUGUAGCAUUGUAAUUAUUUUCAGAACCCUUUUUCACUUUAUGUUAUUUGUGUUAUUUUUCAAGAAAAAUAAAAAUUAUAAACAA